AUGACUUCUGCCUCGACGCUACACACGGGCCCGCCCGCUGAUUUAACACAACAACUCGGGUAUGUUAUUAUAUCAAAUCAAAAUAUUUUGGUUUGUUUCUGCUUCUCUCGAUCCAAAAAGCAUUUUACAACAUUCCAGGGAUGAGAGCGGCCAAGAAAAGCCGCCGUAUUCAUAUGUGGCCUUGAUCGUCAUGGCCAUCAGCUCUUCGCCGGAAGGAAAGAUGACUCUGAGUCAGAUAUAUAAUGUAAGUUUAAGGUGCGUUGUGAUCUAAGAGCAUUGUAGUACAUCGAAAAAAGAUUCUCCUUCUAUCGGAAUGCAGAUCACAAAAGACGAAGAGGAUGGCAGAACAGCAUCCGACACAACCUAUCCUUGAAUGAUUGCUUCAUAAAGAAGGCUCGUGACGGCCUCGGGCCAGUUAAUGAUCGGAAAGGAAAUUACUGGACAUUGGCCCCCAAUUUCAAUGAAAUGUUUGAGAAUGGCAAUUAUAAACGAAGGUAUGUAAAAACGGGAGAUGGAUAUGCUUGCAGAAAACGCAUGAAGAAACAACCUUUUAUCGACGGAAAAGCUCCACAGACAUCUCUCAAUUACAUUGUUAAUCGCCCGGUAAGUCAUCUUCUUACUAUGAAACACUUCGUAAAAAAAUUUUUAACUUAUGCAGAGGGUCUCUUAAUAUUCACGAAGUGCAAGCGUGUUGACAAAUAAUUCUUGCCAUUUUUCCUGACAAUGAGCCGAAAUGUCUCCCACUAACUCAAAAAUGAUAGCAACUCUCAAACUUGGCUCAAUGUUGCAAUUGUGACUUGAUCAGUCGAUAUAUCACAGUGUAAAACAAAGGAAAAAAAUUCUUGAUAACCCACGACUCGACCCAUAAAUCCAUUAUUUUUUAGAGAAAAUCAAAAAAUUACAUUUGCCAUCGGCCCGGGUUGGCUCCACUUCAUAAAGUACCGACAAGAAAAUUAUUUUGUCCCUUUUCAGUGGCCUUCAUACGACUCAAAUCAACCGACGAUGUCUUUCCCCAUCUCUCUCCAUCAGAAUAUCAUCCAACCGGACCUCUCCAGCUUCACACCGCAAUUCCCUUCAGAAUUCGACCCAUCUGCUACAAGUUCUUUCUGGACUUAUGACUCUCAGAAGGCUUUCAUUACUAAUAUGCUUCCCUCAGACCAACAAAGUAUGUUCUUACACUCGGUAUCACAGAACGUGAACAAUAUAGUGUUCCCCAAUACUUCGAAUUAUACAAAUGA